AUGAAACUCAUUCUCAUAUUGCUGAUUGCUGGCGUGGCUUGCACCUUGGCCGCACCUGCCAACCAACAGGAACAUCAACAGGCGGAGUCCUUAAGCAAGGCGAAGCGUGGCCUGUCGCUUGGCCUUGGCUACCAUGCACCAUUGGUGACGCAUUCGCAUUAUGUGGCACCGGCUGUCGUGCACCAUGCGCCAUUGAUUUCCCAUGCACCGCUCAUUGCACACGCGCCUCUCAUUUCACACGCGCCGCUGAUUGCGCAUCCGGUGUCAUACCACUUGCCCACCUACCACUCCAUCCAUCAUUUUAAGUAA